UUUUAUCAACGUCAGUAUUUGUAAAUUUUUUAGUUGAUGAUCAUAAAAAUUAAUAAAAUUAAAAAAUAUAAAUAAAUUAAGUGUUAGUUUACAAUAAAUAUUUUACAAUUUAUUUGUUUACAAGGGAUAUAAACAACGUCUAUAUAUGAAAAUGAAAAAAACUUGGGUAAAGCGGGAAAAUAUAUAUUAUGUCCCUUUUUAUAAACAAAAAUCAAAAAUGUUACUUUUGGGCAUAUUUCUACUUGGAAUUAUAUUCUUUGUAUACCAAGCUGUUUCCAUAAAUCAACUGCCAAAUGCUAGCACACCAUGGUCAUUGGAAGGUACUGUACAGGGUCUAAAAAGGAAACACAAACAAAUACAAGCGUCAUUGGGUAAAAAACAAACUGAUAAUGAUUCAGGGGGAGGUGGUGGCGCAUACGACGAAGGUGGCGGUAAUGGUGAUAAUGAAGAUGCUAACUUAUCACCAGAUACUAUAAAAAUUAUAAGAGGUAUUCGACUUUUUGAUUAUGACUCUUAUAAACCUAAUUUCGAGGGCAAAUUCCGAUGCUUAGACGGAAGCUUUGAAAUACCAUUUGAUCGCGUCAAUGAUGAUUAUUGUGAUUGUGUACACGAUGGCAGCGAUGAGCCAAGUACAAAUGCCUGCAAUAAUGGCCGUUACUAUUGUAAAUAUCAAAAACGUCAUAUUACAGGAAGAGGACGUGAUAUUUUCGUACAUAGUAGUCGAGUAAAUGAUGGAAUUUGUGAUUGCUGUGAUGGCAGUGAUGAGUGGAAGGGAACCAAAUGCAAAAAUAAUUGUUUAUAGAAGUAAUAGAACUGAGUUUCUUACACAAACACACACACACUAGUUGUAAGUAGUUAUUUAUUUGUUUUAAUUUUCAUUUAAAAAUAAAUCUGAAAGAAGUUUUAUUUCAAGUCAUUGAAUGACUGUGAAAAUAUUGUAGCUACUAGGAUAAUUAAUUAACUUGCAUUUUUAAAUUGCUAAAUUUAUUGUUUUUAAAAAAAUUUUGUUUUUUUUUAGAAUUUAUUACAAUAAUUUUAAUUUUAAAAAUUCUAUAAGUUUAAAAUUAAUUUUAAUUCAUAACUAUAGUAACGACACCAAAUUGUGUAGUGUUUUAUUUUAGUAAAUAAAGGUCUCAUGUGUUAAAUGGAAAAAAGAAUGAAGACAUUAGAAUUGUUUAUGAAAUUAUAUGAAAAUAUUUAUGAAAUUUAAAGGAUUCAUGUUUUAUUUUUUUUUUAGCUACAAACCCUUGAGCUAAAGAUAUAACAAUUUCAAAUAAUUUAUAAAAAAUCUUAUCAAAAAUGAAUAAUUAAAUGAUUAAAAUUUUUAAUUUGAGAAAUUUGUUUCUAUAAUUUUUAUAUUUUCUAAAAAAAGUGUAAUUUUGUAUUUUCUUGUAAACAUUAAAAAAAAUCAUCACAACGAAUACUUGUUUAGUCUAUUGUAUUGUAUUCUAAACAUGAAGAAGUGCAAAAAUAAAUUUUAAGUUUUAGUUAUGAAUGGUUUUGAGCUAUUUGUAUGAGAAUGAUAUUAAAAUUAUUUUUUCCUAUAUUUUUUAGUAUAGCGUUUAAAAAUAAUUUAUAUUUUUAAGAUUUUUUAUAUAAUUUGUAAAAUACAAACUAAAAAGUUUUUUUAAAGAAAAUCUUUUUUUAAAUAAAGUUUUUAUAUAAAAAUUAAUUUUUUGUUUUAAUAUAGUAAAAUUUAUAUAACGUUUUCGAAUUCGGUAGCUACAUUUUCAUAAGAUAUUUUAAUAAGAAAAGUUAAAUUAAAAUGCAGAAUAUUUAGGUUGUUAAAACAGAAAAUUUCGAAUUGAAAUACAAAAUGCCAGCGACUUGUUGGAAUAGCUGCAGAUCAUAAUAAAUAUGUGGUUCUCAUAGUAUAUUUUUGUUGUUAUCUGUACAUUAACUGUUGACUUUUCUAAAGUAUUAAGCAUCGAAUUUGUUAUCCCGUUUUAGGGAUAUAUUUGAUUCUAUUAUGUCAUAUGAAAGACCUGUCUUGGGACGUUAAAAAUUUUUGGAAUAAUAUCUAUAAUUGAUUAGUGAAUAGUUAGUUACUUAUCUUUUUCCGCUAUAGUUAUUAUCAUUGAAAAAUAAAACACUUUUUAUUUUGACAUACAUAUUUAAGUAGAACUUAAUGAAUAUGGAGUUGAUUUUAUUUAUUAUUAUUAUUUUUAUUAUUCAAAUAAUUUUAUUUGUUUUUUAUUUAGCUUUAGUUUUUAAUUUUAAAUCUUAAAGACUAACAUGUAUGUAUGUUUCAAUGUGUUUCUGUAUGUAUAUUAAGUUAAUGUUUAUGUAUAAUUUUUAUUUAAAUUCUUAUAGAUCGGGUGAAGAUGUAUUUUUUUUUAAAUUUUAAUAUAUAUAUUAUAUAUACUCUUACUAAUGUAUGCAGUAAUUAGAUAUAUAAAAUUAUAAACAAUUUAUAUUUA